AUGGAGGCGACUACUAUACUAGUCCCGUUACAACCACCGCACGGCUGUCGUCAACGCCUUCCCAUCCCCCGCGACUAUGCGGAUCACGCUGGGCUCGUAAGGCAUCUAAAACAAAUACAUAAUACUGCUCUUCACUUCGAAUGCCGUGCGUGUGGCUACAUCCACGAGAAACUGAAGAUGGUGAAAUUGCACCAGGCAAGAUCGGAUGACUGCCGUGCCAGCAUCAAGGCCGCAACACCCCCUCCACCGCCUCCAGCAAACCGGAAGAAGACGAGGAUCCUGUACGGGCCAAUAAAACGACGUACCAAAAAUGGUGCAAAGACAACCUCCACGUCAACUGCUGCCAACGACAGCCAAUCCUCGGGGGCCUCACUCACCCCGCUUCCGUCUACAACCCCGGCACGGCUCCGAACCAGAAGGACUAUGCGAUCCCUCCGUGGCCCCAGCAGAAGGAGAUCAACGGCGCAGCCCAACCCGGUACAAAGUCAGCCAGCGCCAACCACCGAUCACCUGGUACCCAGUCAGGAGAGCCCAACGAGAAGUCUCCCUGCUCCAAACAGCGACCAGUUAGAAGUAGACGGGUCCCCUACUCCUACAGGUAGGCCAACCCCCCACCUCUCUCCUUCUAGGAUUGCCACUCCGGACCCACCAGUUCGAUCCCAGACUCCGGCACAGCUAGCAACGCCGCCAUCACCUCCGCGGCAGCACCAACCGGUAACUCCAGUGGCACCACCUCCAGCACCGCAAACAUCGCAGCCACCCCAAGCUCCGAUGAACAACUCAAGCAGCGGCCCCCCGGAGUGGGCUCUGGCCUGGGCUUCGAGAUUCGAGUCAGCGAUAGACGAGGACAUACUCGAAGGCGUCCUCAGCGACUUCAUUCAUCUAACCUAUUCUAUUUGUGAUAUACAGGGUCCACGACAACCCCGCAGCACAACCAACAACCACACGCAAGACCAUCGCGCUGAGGCAAGCGAAGUCCAGAGACUAUACCGUGCCAAUCGCAAAAGAGCCGUCGACCGCAUCCUGGGCGGAAAUUCACGAUUCUGCCAGGUCGAAACGGAGAAAGUCUACCGCCAUUUUAAAUCAAUCAAUGAACAGUGCGCACCCUCCACCGCCGCUCCAGUACCAGUUGUGCAAGAUCCAGCACCAGCCACAGACAACCCGCUCAACAUCCCCUUCACGCCUGAGGAGGUCGCCAUCCGGAUAGCCAAGGGGCACAACACCGCCCCAGGCCCCGACAGGAUAAGGUACCUUCACUGGCGAAGGGUCGACCCCACCGGCACCAUACUAGCAGCACUAUUCAACACAGUGUUAAAAAUAGGCUACAUUCCCCUCAGUUGGCGUGAGUCUACCACUGUGCUCAUCUAUAAAAAAGGUGACUGCAAUAACCUCAACAACUGGAGGCCUAUCUGCCUUUCCAACACCCUUGGUAAGUUGUAUACUGCUUGCCUGGCAGAUAGGCUCCUUAGAUGGUGCUACGCAAAUGAUCGUAUAUCCACCUCGCAAAAGGGGUUCCUGCACUACCAGGGGUGCAUGGAACACAAUUUCCUCUUAAAAACAGUCAUACAAGAUGCAAGAAGGACUAGAAAGGAAUGCCAUGUCGCCUGGUUAGACAUAGCAAACGCCUUUGGUAGCGUACCACACACUGCCAUAUGGAAAUCCCUCAACUGGCACGGGUUGCACCCUGAUGCAAUACUAACUUUGCAGCGGCUCUACGAGGGCUCCACUACCAGAGUGCGCACUAGCUCGGGAUUUACGGAUCCCAUAUCUAUGCUCUCAGGGGUAAGGCAGGGCUGCCCUAUCAGCCCCCUGCUAUUUAUCCUCACCAUCGAACCAGCAAUAAGACGUCUCCAGCGCCUCGACAAAGGGUACUAUAUCCACAACCACCCCAUUUCAGCGUUAGCGUACGCAGACGAUAUAGCCCUGAUCAGCAGUAGUCACCAAGGGCUCCAGGACCUUCUAGACUCCAUCUCUGAAUGGGCCGACUGGGCGAAUAUCCGCUUUAACCACUCUAAAUGCGGGACUCUAUCAGUUCUCGGUAAGUCACACACAACUGGCACUAACGACUUUUUUAUUAAACAGAACAGCCUCCCCCGCCUUGGCAACGAUGAUGCUUACAAGCAUCUAGGUGUACCAACCGGAUUUUCCAGGUGUGACACCGAAGCCGCUACAACAGAUGGAGUGAUACAGGACAUCAACAAACUGGACGCAUCACAUCUUGCCCCAUGGCAAAAAGUUGAUGCCCUGAAUACCUUCAUUUUGCCACGUCUUUCCUUCUGCUUGGCCACCGGAACUACACCGAAGAAGACGUUGGACAAGAUAGACAGGACACUGAAGCGGCACGUCAAAAAAUGGCUCGGGCUGCCACAAAGGGCCAGCGCAGAAAUACUACAUCUAUCAUACAAACAAGGGGGUACAAACAUCACCCCAGCCAGCCUCAUCGCGGACAUUGCCCAGGUAUGCCACGCAGUCUAUCUUUUUAACUCUAGAGAUGAACAUAUUACAGACAUAGCACUAGGCGCUUUGAGGGAUGUCGUCACAGCAAGAAUCAUGAGAACCCCUAGCGACGAAGAACUGUGCCACUACCUCGACGGAUCCAUGGAUGGAGACCUGGGGAAUCCAUCCAAAGAUAUUACAUCGAUGUGGACCCGCCUGAGGAUGGCAACCAGAAGACUGAAGAAAAAGAUCAACAUCCACUGGGCCGUGGGACCGAACGACACCCCAACCCUAGCCAUAGGAGAUAUCUUCGUCCGAGUCAAGGGAUGCCAAAGUGUACUGGUAAGUUUAAUGAGGGACCACCAUCUUCGUAAACUCCUCGCAAAGCCAGAUCAGGGAAAGGUGUUCCAGGUUACUGCCAGCAAUAAAGCAAGUAACCAUUUUAUGAACAAUGGACGCUUCACCCGCUUCACUGACUGGCGCUUUAUCCACAAAGCGAGGCUCAGCGUUGUCGCACUUACAGGCCACAAGCGAUUCGGUAACGAAUCCAAGACUUGCCGUCGCUGUGGAUUUGCACGCGAAACGCUGUCUCACGUCCUCUGUCAUUGCCCUCCUAACUUCCGGCUCAUCACCCAGCGACACAACGCGGUGCUGAACAGAAUUGUCGCCGCAUUCCAACCACGAGGUGCGACUGUCCUGGUAAACCAACGCGUCCCUGGGUUUGAAGAGAACUGCCGCCCGGACUUGACUGUGAUCCACAAGGAGUCAAAAACAGACUCAGUCAUAGACGUAACUACACCAUUCGAGAACGGCCAGCAAGCCUUCGAUGCAGCCCGUGAAGAAAAAGAGAGAAAAUACAGCAAUCUAGUACAUCUUCGCAACAGAGGCUACAACACCCACUUUGCCACGUUUAUAAUAGGAGCCCUAGGAGGAUACGACUCGCUCAACGAGGCCACCCUCCAGCGACUUGGAAUCGGUAGGCGCUACUCAGCCCUAAUGAAAAAGCUAAUGGUGAGUGAUGUCAUUAGAAUAAGUAACGACAUCUACCGGCAGCACUUAGGAGCAAGACAACAACAGCACUAUCAGCCACCGACACGCACCAGCAACAACCACAGUCGUUCUCCAAUGCAUAAUCAGGACAACAUGUAA